GGCCCGGCCUGAAGGUCAUCAGCACCAUGUCCGUGGGGUUUGACCACCUCGCCCUGGAGGAAAUUAAGAAGCGAGGGAUCCGCGUGGGGUACACCCCUGAUGUCCUGACCGACGCCACCGCAGAACUCUCGGUAGCUUUACUGCUGGCUGCUUGCCGCCGGCUGCCAGAGGCAGUGGAGCAGGUAAAGAAUGGUGGCUGGACAACAUGGAAACCCUUAUGGAUGUGUGGCUAUGGGCUCUCUGGUAGUACGGUGGGCAUCAUAGGUCUGGGGAGAAUAGGACAGGCAGUUGCCCACCGCCUAAAGCCGUUUGGGGUUAAGAAGUUUUUGUACACUGGCAAUCGCCCCAAACCAGAAAGCGCUGCAGAGUUUGAAGCUGAGUUCGUCUCACUCACGAGGCUGGCCGAAGAGUCAGACUUCGUUGUGGUGACGUGUGCUUUGACUCCGGCCACCCAGGGAAUGUGCAACAAGGACUUCUUCAGCAGAAUGAAGAAGACCUCUGUAUUCGUCAACACGAGCAGGGGGGACGUGGUGAACCAGGAGGACCUGUACGACGCGCUGGCCCAUGGCCGGAUCGCAGCGGCAGGCCUGGAUGUGACGACACCGGAGCCGCUGCCCACUGACCACCCCCUGCUCUCCCUGAAGAACUGCGUGAUUCUGCCACAUGUCGGGAGUGCCACGUACACCACGAGGAGCACCAUGGCGGUGCUGGCGGCCAACAACCUGCUGGCUGGGCUGCGAGGGGAGCCCAUGCCCCAUGAGCUGCUGCUGUGA